AUGACGGAGGUUUUUAUGGGCUACAGUGAAGACUUUGAACAAUGUCGUGAUGACGCCAUGGCCGAUAUCUGUGCCAUUCCUAAGGCACGCGAUCAGCGUGAACGUAACGACUUGUUGGAGCGUGCCCAGGGCAACAUCUCGGAAGCUGAGCGCUACAUGCGCAUUCUAGAGAGCGAGUCGCGUGCUGGGGACUCACAGGACCGUCGACGGAUGCAUCAGCAGCUGCGGACAUUUAAAUCACAGCUGGAUAAACUCAAGGCCAAUCUAGAGCGCUCGAAGCUCAUGGACGGUAGCCAACAGCGUCAACAAGCCAGUGCCCCACAGGACAAUGUGGCUCGGUACCAGCAGCGCACAGACCGCAUUGAGGACCAUUUGACAGACGCCCAGGACAUUAUUGCACGGACGGAAGCCACAGCUCAGAACAUAAACAACAAUCUGGCGAACCAGCGCGAACAACUCAUGAAUGUUCGCACGAACGUCGAUGCGACGCGUGAAGACACAGCAGAAGCUGGAAUGCAUUUGAAGAAACUCAAGUGCAAGAUGGCAUCGCAGCUUUUGUUCCUGUACUUCGUUAUCUUGGGACUUGUUGUGGUGAUCAUUUGGCAAGUCAUUUCCAAGUUUACUUAG